AUGACGACAAUGGAUCUGCGUGUUGGUAACAAGUACCGUAUUGGACGAAAGAUCGGCAGUGGCUCCUUUGGUGACAUCUACUUGGGUACUAAUAUCAUCUCGGGCGAGGAGAUUGCCAUCAAACUCGAAUCAGUCAAAGCCAAACACCCCCAGCUUGAGUAUGAAGCCCGUGUCUACAAGUCUCUUGCUGGAGGUGUUGGUAUUCCAUUCGUCCGUUGGUUCGGUACUGAAUGUGACUACAACGCCAUGGUUCUCGAUCUUCUCGGCCCCAGCUUGGAAGAUCUCUUCAACUUCUGCAAUCGAAAAUUCUCCCUCAAGACUGUUCUCCUUCUGGCCGAUCAACUCAUUUCCCGAAUCGAGUACAUUCACGCCAAGUCUUUCAUCCACCGUGAUAUCAAGCCCGACAAUUUCCUCAUGGGAAUCGGAAAGCGAGGAAAUCAGGUCAACGUUAUUGACUUUGGUCUCGCCAAGAAGUACCGUGACCCCAAGACUCAUUUCCACAUCCCAUACCGUGAGAACAAGAACUUGACCGGGACGGCUCGUUAUGCCUCUAUCAACACCCAUCUCGGCGUUGAACAAUCUCGACGUGACGACAUGGAGUCUCUUGGAUAUGUCAUGCUCUAUUUCUGUCGUGGCUCACUUCCAUGGCAAGGGCUCAAAGCUGCUACCAAGAAGCAGAAGUAUGAUCGAAUCAUGGAGAAGAAGAUGACCACUCCAACCGAGGUGCUCUGCCGUGGUUUCCCCAACGAGUUCGCCAUCUACCUCAACUACACUCGCUCUCUCCGUUUCGAUGACAAGCCAGACUAUUCCUAUCUCAGAAAGAUUUUCCGCGAUUUGUUUGUCCGAGAAUCAUUCCAGUAUGAUUACGUCUUUGACUGGACUGUCUACAAAUACCAAAAGAACGCCCAAGCCAUUGCCCAGGCUGCUGGAAAUCAACCUGCUCAAGAAGAAGAGGAGAAACAACCCCGACGUGGUGGUACUGCCGCUGCGACCGGGGCCCCUACUCCGCAAAACACUUCUCAAGCCGGCAAGCCAGCAGCCAUUUCCAGCUCUCGCCGCAAGUUGAUCGACCGCGGCAAUGGCAACGACCAAGGAGGAAGUGACAGGAUGUGA